CAUCUAUUGUUGAUAUUUAAUAAUCACCAACAGACACACACAUCAAAUAUUUGAUAAAACAUAAGAAAAUUAAAAAAAAAAAUUGUUUUUUUUUCAUGAUCACAAAAACAUCAAUAACAUAAUGUCACGAAUGUCAAACACGGCCGAAAUAUUGGCCAAACAAUUUCGUCAACAUAGUCAACAUAGACAAAUUGAUGAUGAUAAUAUUAAUAAUAAUAAUGUUGAUAAUGUUGAUAAUAAUAAUCAACAAAGAAUCAUUGAUCAAUGGUCAUUGAAAAGAUUUGUACAAGAUUUUUUUGGCCUAAAGCAACAGAUGUCCAACAAUAUUGAUGAAAUGAAUGAAUUAUUUUGGCGAAUUUAUCUUAAAAAAUUACAAAUUAAUUUUUUUAUCUGGUUAUUAUUGUUGAAUAUAUUUUUUAAUAUUAUAACAAUUAUUGUUGCUAUCUAUCAUCAGAAUUUUUCCUGUAUUUUAUUUCCAUAUUUUUCUUCAUUAAUCGUAUUCGGAAUGUUUUUGUUUGUUAUUUUUUUCGAUGAAAAUUUAUUACAACCAGAAUUUAGUCGUAGUUUAGCAUCGAUAACCGUAUUGAUAACAAUGAUAGUCACCGAAUAUGGUCAUGAAUUUUUGCAACUAAAUCAUUUGUCAAUAAAUCCAUUACGACGAAUACGACCAUUACAUUAUAUAUUGAUAGCCAAUAAUCUUUUAUUACCAUUUUCAUCAAGAAUGAUGGCAGCAAUAUCAUCAUUUAUCAUUAUUGUUAUUGAAAUUAUCAUUUCAUUGGCUGUACGAUUUAAUCUUUGUGAAAAUCAACACAUUAUUAUUCGAUUGGCUAUUGGAGAGAUUAUUUCCUAUGUAUAUACUGCCAUAUUUGGUUUAUAUAUAAAAGGAUUAUUGGAAAAAAUUGUUCGCCGUACAUUUGAAAAUUAUAUUGAAUCAAAAUAUAAUAUCUAUAAAUUACAGAAAGAACAUGAAGAAAUAUUGAAAAGUUGUCUACCACAACAUCUUAUUGAUCGUGUACGAAAAGAUCUUAAAGAAACAAUAAAAGUUAUUGAUCAACAGGGAAAAAUUACAUCAAGAAGAUUUAAAAAAUUAUAUAUUAAAAAAUAUGAUAAUGUAUCAAUAUUAUUUGCCGAUAUUGUUAAUUCGGUAGCAUUAACAGAAAAAUUAAGUGCAAAUGAAUUAGUUGAAACAUUGGAUAAUAUGUUUGGUACAUUUGAUAAAUGUGCUGAUAAAAAUAAUUGUUUACGGAUUAAAUUACUUGGUGAUUGUUAUUAUUGUGUUUCAGGUUUACCAAUACCAGAUUCGAAUCAUGCAUGGAAUUCUGUGCGAAUGGGUUUUGAUAUGAUCAAAAUUAUUAAUGAACUAAGAAAAUCGAAAAACAUUGAUAUUAAUAUGCGAAUCGGUAUACAUUCGGGUAUGGUUCAAUCGGGUAUUAUCGGCAUGCAUAAAUGGCAAUUUGAUAUAUGGUCAAUGGAUUGUUUAUUAGCAUCACAAAUGGAACAGGAUGGUGUACCUGGUUGUUUACAUAUAACGAAAAAAACUUUUGAUCUUUUACCAAAAGAUAAAUUAUCCCAAUAUAAAAUCGUUGAAAAAAUAACCAAUGAAAAUAUUGGAUAUUUAAUCAGUAUGAUUAAUAAUAAUUCGAAAAAACAACAAAAAUUUAAUCAAAAAAUUUCAUCAAUCAAUGAACUAAGUUUAAAAAUUGAAAAUGAAACGGAAAAAGAUGAUCAAAUAUUAGUUGAGGAUAUUUCGAAUAAUGAACAUACUCGAGUGAAUGAUGAUUGUAAAAUACAAAUGAGUUCAUCAUUUUCAAAAAUCGAUACAAUAAAAAGAAUCAAUUCAUCAAAUUCAAACAAGUCAUUAACAUUUUGUGUACGAAAUGGUAUAUGGAUAAUAGUAAAUAUUUUACUAUUGGUUAAUUCAUUACAUGAUUUAAUUUUGUAUAAUUGUAAAAUGGAACAAAAAGAAAUGAUUACUCAAACGGCAUUAAAACAAUUUGAUUCGGCCAAUUGUCCAUACAUAUGGAGUUUUACAAUGUGUACAAUUUUAUCAAUGACUGGUAUUAGUAUUUUUAUUACAAUAAAUUUGUGGUUUAAAUUUAUACUUCGUACAAUUGGAUUGUUUUGUUUCAUUGCAAUUCUAUUGAAUGAUUGUUCACUUUAUCAAUCAAUAAUACCUAGAAUUGAAAAUGAAAAACAAUGGAUCAGCAAUAUUGGUUUUGAUCCUAUAAUGAGCCAUUUAUAUUAUUUAUUGAUGGUAAUCAUUAUAUUAACUAUUAUUGAUCGUGAAAUUGAAUAUGUAUUUCGAUUAGAAUUUCGUAUGCGAAAAAAAGAAAAACAAGAUGAUAAAAUUAAUGUUGAAAUUAAUGAAAUAUUAUUGAAGAAUAUUUUACCUGCCUAUAUUGUACGAGAAUAUUUAACAAAUGAUUCACGAUUGAUUAAACCAUUUUAUUCGGAAUCAUAUCGUUUUUGUGCCGUAAUGUUUGCAUCCAUUCCAAAUUAUUCGGAAUUUUAUUCGGAAAAUGAAAUAAAUCAACAUGGAAAAAAUUGUCUAAGACUGCUUAAUGAGAUCAUUUGCGAUUUUGAUGUGCUGUUAUCUUGUCCUGAAUUUCAAAAAAUUGAAAAAAUUAAAACUAUUGGCAGUACAUAUAUGGCCGCAGCUGGCUUACAACCUGGCCGAUUGUCAUUAGAAUCGAAUAAUGUAAAACGAAAACUUAUAAUUAAUUUGAUUUGUUUUGCAAUGGGAUUGAUGAAAAAAUUACAAGAAAUAAAUAAAAAUACCUUUCAAGAUUUAAAACUAAGAAUAGGCAUCUCUGUUGGUCCUGUUAUUGCCGGAAUUGUGGGUAAUAGUAAACCACAAUAUGAUAUAUGGGGUGAUACUGUUAAUGUGGCUAGCCGUAUGGAAAGUACAGGUGUAAUGGGACGAAUUCAGAUGACAGAAAAAACUGCCAAUAUUAUAUGCAUGAAUGAUGAGUAUGAAAAUCUUUUUACAUUAGAAAAACGUGGCCCAAUCCCGGUGAAAGGCAAAGGAAAUUUAAUAACAUAUCUAGCUAAAACUGAAUUUGAUUUCGAUGAACCGGAAAUCAGUUUAUAGUUUGAUAAUGAUGAUGAUUCGAUUUUUUCAUUUAUUUAUAAGAUAAAAAAUUUUGCUUUUAAAAUUUAAAA